GAAUACUUGUAUUGUUUUAUAAGGUUUUUUUAAGGUAUUUACCUUAGGUAGCCACAGCUUAGAGCUAUAAAAUUAAUCAGGAUUAUUUCGUAAUAUCUUUACCGAAUGAUUCAUUGAUUAUUAAUAUUCUCAUAAAUCUAUAUUUUAAUACAAUUAACAAUAGCUAUGUCUGAUAAAAGAUCACGACAAACAGAUUUGGCUUCAUUAGAACCAGCUGUGAGAGUAAAACAGUUAGCCCAUUACGGGACUAUGGUUGAAGUUGACGCUAAUGUACCACCAAGAAGGUAUUACAGGUCAGGUUUAGAAAUGGUCAGGAUGGCUAAUGUGUACUUGGCUGAGGGCAGCCUUGAAAAUGCCUAUAUAUUGUAUAUGAAGUUCAUGACAUUAUUUCUUGAAAAGAUAAGAAAGCAUCCAGAAUACAAUACUGUCCCUGUGGAUGUUCGCUCAGUUAAUCAACUCAAAUUAAAAGAAGUGAUGCCUAAAGCAGAGAAAUUAAAACAAAAACUUCUUGAACAGUAUACUAGAGAACAUGAGCUAUAUAAGGAGAAUGAGAAGAAAAGACUAAUUAUGGAAGAAGCAAGAAAGAAGCAGGAGUUAGAAGAUGCUAAGCUCGCUGAGCGUCUUCAGGCAGAUGAGAACAGUCAGAACGGGAGCACUACCACACCACAUUUGCUGCAUGCGAUGGCGCGCUUCCAGGCCCUCGCCGCGCCGCACACCGCUCGCAACCUCGAGCUAUGUGGCAUACUCGCUGGCAUCCUGGAACGCGAUCAGUUGAAGAUAACUCACGUGAUAGUGCCGAAGCAGACUGGCACCGCGGACUCGUGCAGCACCAACAAUGAAGAGGAGAUAUUCCAUUACCAGGAUCAGCAUAACUUGAUUACACUCGGUUGGAUACAUACACAUCCAACACAAACAGCGUUCCUGUCGUCAGUGGACCUACAUACGCAGUGUUCCUACCAGCUUAUGAUGCCCGAGGCAAUUGCUAUCGUCUGCGCACCCAAAUAUAACGAAAUCGGUUAUUUCGCUCUAACACCGGAUUAUGGGAUGCAGUUCAUAGCGAAUUGUAGACAGAGCGGUUUCCAUCCUCAUCCAAAUGACCCGCCUUUAUUCUAUGAUGUGACGCACAUACGUCUUGAUAACAACGCUUCAGUAGAAAUGAUAGAUCUUCGGAGGUGAACAUCCAAAUUAGUAUUGUCUUGCAUUUAUAUCCAGUCAAUGUUCAGCUUUAGGUUAUAUGUUCAAUCUAUUAGUCACUACCAAUGUCAUGUUCUCCUAGUACUUGCUCAGAUAUAAAGUUAUUUAUUUAUGUUAUGUAUGAAAAAAAUGUUUUUUUUUUCGCUAUGUGAUUUAAAAGAUACUCAGAAUAGAUGAAUCUUGAAUUGUAAAGUAAUCAAAACUUAAUAAUAAAAUGUAUCGAAAAUGCUUUUAUAUGUUAAAUACACGAUUGGAAGGAAAACGCCUUUUAGUGUUUUGAAAUUCAAAGCGGCAAUUGUGAUUAUAUACGUAAAUGACAAGCUUGUGAUAUACUAGUAUUAGUUAAUUCUUUUUAACAAAGAAAGCAGAAUAAAAAUUUGUUGCAAUAUGACAUAAGCAGGAACAAUAAUGUUUGUGUAAACCAAAUAAUUAUAAUUGUCGAUCAGUACUUUUGUAUAAUGAAGUAAUCGUAUUUUAAAAGCAAAGUUAUUGUUCAAUAUUACAUAGAAAUGUUUGUCGCAUUUAGUCGUUAAUAUUUAUUUUACAUCAAUAUAACUUAGUAUUUAUAUUUUUUUACAUUUUAUGAGGGAAAAAAUCUUGUUUACUUACCCAUUGAGGUGCUGUGCCAUUGCAAAAUAAAAUUACCAAAUUUGCAUUUAUUACUUAAGAAACGAAGAUGUAAUAAUUGUGAUUUUUUGUAAAGAUUUGAACAAAUAUAUAGUCAUCUCUUUCACUCACUUUAAACAAACAGAGACAGCAUUUAUUUGUACAGUACAGAUAGUAAAAAAGUUAUGCUUUCAAACAUUUAAUAACAGUAUUACUUGAAAUCGAAUAUUUGCUAUGUCGUUAUAUUUUUUUUGUGUUUAACAUUAAAAUGAGUUUUUAAUAU